GUUCUCUACAUUUUCAUCUGUAGUGGGGAAAAAAGAGAUCCGUCACAAUGAGUACGGAUGCAGAGAUGGAGCAAUAUGGCAAGGCCGCCAUAUACCUCCGUAAACCUGAAAGGGAGAGGAUUGAGGCACAAACAGCUCCCUUUGAUUCAAAGAACUCCUGCUUCGUACCUGAUCCCAAGGAGCUGUACCUUAAGGGUUUGGUCACAGCCAGGAAAGAUGGAACAUGUACUGUGACAGUCAAGAUGCCUGACGGCAGAAAAGAUUUUAAAGAAGAUGAACUGCUUCAGAUGAACCCCCCUAAGUACGACAAGAUUGAAGACAUGGCCAUGAUGACCUACCUGAAUGAAGCUACUGUGUUGUAUAACCUCAAAGAGCGUUAUGCAGCAUGGAUGAUCUACACCUAUUCUGGGCUAUUCUGUGUCACGGUGAACCCCUACAAGUGGCUCCCUGUGUAUGAUGCAGAGGUUGUUGCUGCCUACAGAGGGAAGAAGAGAGUUGAGGCUCCACCCCAUAUCUUCUCCGUCUCUGACAAUGGCUUUCAAUUCAUGCAGAUAGAUAAGGAGAACCAGUCCAUCUUGAUUACUGGAGAAUCCGGUGCAGGAAAGACUGUCAACACCAAGCGUGUAAUCCAGUACUUUGCCACCAUUGCAGUGUCUGGUGGUGAGAAGAAAAAGCAAGACCCCGGCAAAAUGCAGGGGUCUCUUGAGGAUCAGAUCAUUGCAGCUAACCCUCUGCUAGAAGCUUAUGGUAAUGCCAAGACAGUGAGAAAUGACAACUCAUCUCGCUUUGGUAAAUUCAUCAGGAUUCACUUCCAAGGACCCAAAUUGGCUAAAGCUGAUAUUGAGACCUACCUACUGGAGAAGUCCAGAGUGACCUUCCAGUUGCCCGAUGAAAGAGGCUACCACAUCUUCUUCCAGAUGAUGACAGGCCACAAACCUGAUAUAGUUGACAGCCUUCCCUGGCCCUAG